AUGCAUAUCCCCUCUUGGGAGAAAGCUUGUCUCCCCAAUAAACUUGGAGGCAUCGGGUUUAGGGAAGGGAAGAAAUGGAACAUUGCUUUAAUGGCUAAGUAUUUUUGGGAUGUUUCGAACAAGCAAGAUAACCUAUGGGUCAGAUGGAUUGAUGCUAUAUAUUUGAAAGGGCGAAGCAUAUGGACUGUCAACUUUCAGCAAGAUGCUAGUUGGUAUUUCAAAAAGCUUCUCCGGCUCUGCUCAAUUAUAGGUGACGAUGAUGUUAAGGCGGCGGUGAGGAGAGUACUGACUGAUAAUUAUGCAAAGAACAUAUGGAAUAGAUUGAUAUUGCCAAAACACAGGUUUAUUGGUUGGCAAUUAGUGAAUGAAAAACUGCUUACUAGAGAUAAUAUAAGCAGAUUCAUUGUAAUUCCUAAUGAGAAUUGUCCUGUUUGUGGUACUGAGAGAGAAACACAUAGUCAUUUAUUUUAUAGCUGCUGCCUCACUCAAAAGAUCAUCAAAGAGAUUAUGUCCUGGUGUGGUUAUUUCAGCUGGCCAAACAACAUCAGACAGUGGUUGUCCAGGCCUUCAAAUAAUGUUAGGGAGCAUAUGUUGAAUGCGAUUGUUUUAGCUACCUUGUAUGCUGUUUGGACAAACCGAAAUAGUUGUGUUUUUGAGCAGGAAUGUAAGCUAGCUGAGAUUGCUAGUAAAGAGGUCAAGUCGACUGUCAAGCUGAGAUUUUUAAGCUGUAAUAGCAGGAGAAAUGAACCCCUGUUCGAUUAUAUUGUCAAUGUAAUGGAUAGUUGGUAA